CGCGGAGGCGGUACCCUGGACGUCUGCGCCCUUAACGGACCGGGAGACUGAGGCCAGGAGUAGGGGCGCCGGGCUCGUCCGCCGCACGCGCAGAUUCCGAUGGCGGCAGCGGCGCAGGGCCUGAUGGUCUUUGAGGAUGUGGCCGUGUACUUCUCCAGGGAAGAGUGGGGGCUCUUGGACGCAGCGCAGAGGGCCUUGUACCGACAUGUGAUGCUGGAGAACUUUGCACUCGUGGCCUCACUGGGACUCUCUGCCUCUCGACCCCGAAUAGUCAUCCAGCUGGAGUGUGGUGAGGAGCCCUGGGUUCUCAGUGGGUCAGAUGCGACCGUGGCCAGGAAUGCCCAAAGGAGGCCCAACCCUGGUUUCCCACGUCUGGCAGACGGCAGACAUGUGUCUGGGGAAGCAGCACAGCCAAGGACCUUCCAGGAUAGGCCCCCUCCCACAUCUGCUAGAGUUCUCCCCACCACUGCUGCCUGUGAAUCUGGAAAACGCCUGGAGGCUCGGCAGGGCAUUUCCUCAUCGCGGGAGAGAAAACCCACGGGGGUCUCUGUGAUCUACUGGGAAAGACUCCUGCUAGGCCCGGGCAGUGGUGAGACCAGCAUCAGCCUGCGGCUGACCUCACCUCUGCGGGCCCCCGGGGGCAGCCCACCCACAGAGAAAGCCCUCACAGACCGCUCAGAGCCAGGCAAGCAGCCGAGCGCCUCCCAGCUGCAGAAGCCCCCUGGGAGGACCUUCCCGAGUGUCCCAGACCUCCAGGCCGGUCACACGAUGGGGGAACUAGGAAUGGGGGUGGCUUGGCAGGAGCCUCAGGCACUCCCCGCCUGUCAGGAGCCCCCAACCUGGGAUGAACUGGGUGACACCCUCCACGCGGGCCCUGGCCUACUCCCGGGGGAGAAGACCUUCGAAUGCAGGGCGUGCAGCAAAGUCUUUGUGAAGAGUUCCGACCUCCUCAAGCACUUACGCACGCACACCGGGGAGCGACCCUAUGAGUGCACACAGUGCGGCAAGGCCUUCAGCCAGACCUCACACCUGACACAGCAUCAGCGCAUCCACAGUGGAGAGACGCCCUACGCAUGCCUGGCCUGUGGCAAGGCCUUCCGGCACAGCUCCUCGCUGGUGCGGCACCAGCGCAUCCAUACAGCCGAGAAGGCCUUUCGCUGCGGCGAAUGCGGAAAGGCCUUCAGCCACGGCUCCAACCUCAGCCAGCACCGCAAGAUCCACGCGGGCGGGCGGCCCUACGCUUGUGCGCGGUGUGGCCGCCGCUUCUGCCGCAACUCGCAUCUGAUCCAGCAUGAGCGCACACACACGGGUGAGAAGCCGUACGCCUGCACGCUCUGUGGGGCUGCCUUCAGCCAGGGCUCCUCGCUCUUCAAGCACCAGCGCGUGCACACUGGCGAGAAGCCCUUCACCUGCACACAGUGUGGCCGCGCCUUCAGCCACAGCUCCAACCUCACGCAGCACCAGCUGCUGCACACAGGCGAGCGGCCCUACCGCUGCGGGGACUGCGGAAAGGCCUUCGCCAAAGGCGCCGUGCUGCUCAGCCACCGGCGCAUCCACACGGGCGAGAAGCCGUUUGUGUGCUCGCAGUGCGGCCGCGCCUUCCGCGAGCGCCCAGCCCUCUUCCAUCACCAGAGGAUCCACACCGGUGAGAAGCCGGUGCGGAGGCGCAGAACCAGGCCUCCUUCAGGGGCCUCCUCAGACUGCGCUCCAGGGGACCGGCCCACUCCUGCCUCAGGCCCAGCUGCUGCUGAGGUACCCACGCCCGCUGAGGCCUAAAGUCCUAGCUCCGCCCUUUCUUACCUAUAAUGAGCCCCUUCCAAGGCCAAAGAGCUGGGCCCUAAGCAGAUCUGUUCUGGAGAAGCCUUGUGUGCGCUCCGUAGUUCCAUCUGCACGCACUGACAAGAUUUGCCACCUCAGCCACAACUGCCUCCUCCGUGCCCCAGAGGUCACACUGCAGAAAGG